AUCAUGGAGGCAGCACUUGAUGACGUCGUGUGGGGAACUCCCUGCUAACCCGCCUACCCCACUGACCAAGAGAUAGUCAUACCACAUUGCGGUCCUGAGCAGUACGAGUGGAGAAGAGGUCCGUAAACAUUUUAACGGGGUGAAGUGUGCGGAAAAAGCUUGUGAGGAGAAGGAAGCUGCUGUGACUCACAUCUGUUCAUCUGUUGGUCCUAGCCCUAAGAGAUCUUGCUUCCUUCUUUUUCUUCAUCACAGUAAGAGGAGGCUUGGGCUCCCUCUAGGUGCGAAACUCACCAUGUGCCAAAACUGGAGAGGAUGUACCACUAUCCCUUAAACAGCCAAACCUCUUUUAGCCCUUACCCUUUAGUCUGGGGACCAUCCUAAUCCUCCACAUUGCCCACUGGCCAAAAUGAGGAAGGUGGUGGCAUGGACAGCAGAGGAUAUUUCCCAGUGGUUGAGCAAAGAGGGAAUGCCGGAGUACAUAGAUGCCCUCCAGCAGAUGAAUGGCCCUGCUUUACUCAGGCUCACAGAAGCAGAUUUCCAAAAGCCUCCUCUCUCACUGGUGUCGUCUGAUUGUGGGCAGCAGCUGUUGGAGCGACUGGAGACACUAAAGCUAGAGACACACAUGGAGGCUCAUAAAAACGGCCAUGCAAAUGGGCAUGUUGGUGGAAUAUCCAACGGAACUAGUAAGUCCCACAGAAAUGGCACACUGAAGGAAUUCCAGGACAUGAUUCAAAUUCCCAUCCCUACAAUGGAGGCUACACGCUCCCCAUUCCCUGCUGAGUGGGGGAAGACGGGCAUAGCAUUCCUCUAUGCGGUGGUGUGCUUCGUCACCACCACUGUUGUCAUCUCAGUUGUCCACGAGAGAGUCCCGCCAAAGGAGCACACUCCACCACUGCCCGAUAAGUUCUUCGACUGGUUUGAUAGGAUAGAGUGGGCCUUCUCCAUCUGUGAGAUAAACGGCAUGCUUCUGGUGGCGCUCUGGCUCAUACAGUGGAUACUCCUCAAGCACAGGUCAAUAAUAGGCAGGCGGUUCUUUUUCAUUGUGGGCACACUCUACAUGUACCGGUGUAUUACAAUGUACAUCACUACUCUGCCUGUUCCUGGGAUGCAUUUUAAAUGUGCUCCAAAGCUUCUCGGGAACUGGGAGGCACAGAUGAGGAGAGUAAUGAAAAUGAUUGCCGGUGGGGGGCUAUCCAUCACAGGUUCUCACACUAUGUGUGGAGAUUACCUGUAUAGUGGCCACACCGUCAUGCUGACACUAACGUACCUCUUCAUCAAAGAGUAUUCUCCAAAGCGAUUCUGGUGGUAUCACUGGCUUUGCUGGACUCUGAGUGCGGUGGGAAUAUUCUGCAUCCUUCUUGCCCAUGACCACUACACUGUGGAUGUGGUUGUGGCCUACUUUAUCACUACACGUCUCUUCUGGUGGUACCAUACUAUGGCCAACCAACAGUCGCUGAAAGAGACAUCACAGAGUAACCCAUUCUCACGGGUGUGGUGGUAUAGACUGUUCCAGUACUUUGAAGAGAACGUGAACGGCCCGGUCCCCCGGAACUACCAGCUGCCAUUGUCGUGGCGAGCGUUGCAGUGGAACCACAGCGUGAAGUACAGCAGACUGGACAUCCAGUGACCCCUACCAUGUAAAAGCAGGCGAGGACUGUGACUUCCAUAAGUGCUGUUUUUAACCAAGGAAGAUGGCACUGUCCGAUGUAGCGCUGUCCUUUCACCUCUAGUAACACUCUUGUCCAAAUGGGUAGCACUGUGACCCACCUAGUGUUUUCUUUUUCUUCUCUUCUUUCUUUUCUGAUAGUAUUUGUUGACACAGAGCACUAAUUUAUUUGUUUUUGUUUCCAUUUCAAAGGUAACAUACAUUUCUGCUUUUAUAGUAAGUCUAUAAAGCCUUUAAACACUUGUUUUAAAAACUCAACUUGUUUGUCAAAAGGACACGCAAGUUUUCUUUCCCUGUCAGCACAAAAGAAUAGUCGAUGUUGUCAUGUUCUUAGAUUUUUAGUGCAAAUGGGUCAAUCAGAGGUUUAUGUAAGAACCAAAAUGCCAUAAGUAUUUUUUUCCCUUUUUUUUUUUUUAUAGCAAGUUAAUUUUGUAAACUAUCCUUGCUAAAAUGAGUCAAAGGUGCAAAAAUAAUUUUUCUAAACAUUUCAGACUUUAUUUUUCAAAAACAAAUGAUGUCCAGAGAAGAUUUUUAGAUUUUUAUCUUUUUCAAGAUGGAUAACUGAGAGCAUAAGAAUCCAGUGUGGUAUAAUAUGUUUCCAGUGCCUUCUUUUGCUUGAUUGUAAACCAGUUCAAGUACUAUAUGUAAUGUGUCUGUCUGCUGCGGUACCUUCCUUGUACCGUGGCGUGGUCAGUCUCGUUCCCAUGAAUGUAUAAAACAACUACGCCAGCCUUACCAGAAGAUUGGUCUUCCCAAAAUUUAGUGCAGAGAGGGACGUAUCUAGUUUGAUUGUCAGUGCUCUUUGAUGUCAGUUUGUGCUUUGCUGGUUAACGCUGUUCUACCAGAAACAAUGACUGUUAAUUGUAUUUUGUUCAUGUCUAAAGCGUUUCCUUUUCACCACGGUUUAACCGCCACCGGCUAUGUUCAAAGCCCAACCACUGAUGCUCAGUUGCCUGCUACCACCGUAUCUGCUAGUUUUACUUCGCAACAGUAUCUGGAAAAAUUACUCCCUAAUUGGACGUUGCAUAUGAAAUGUCUCUGAGGUGCUGAGUUAAGUUAUUCUGGGCCUGGACACGUCUUAUGCAUCAAUGCAGAAUCUCUUCCUCAGGAGAUAAUGAGCCCCUCUCUUGUUUCCCACAUGGAGUUCUAGUUUGAAAUCAGAAUUAACCUCAUUAGAGUAUUGUUGUGUAACCUUUUUGGUGAUGAAACGUAGAGGGAAAUGUUCAGCGUGACACUUGUGUCGAGCUGAGGAAAUGUCAACAAAACAGAAACUUGAAUCAAAGUUUCUGACCAUGUUUGGAAUGAAUCUACCGACUUUGUACAUGUGCUAAAUCAGGCUGCUAUCCAACAGUUUGAGGAGAGUAAGUGCAACACCCAAACAAUCUUCUUUCUAGAAUUUACAAACAAUGAGACUUGUUUGCGGUUUGUGGGGAACAAACUGAACCAUGAUGCACAGAGCUGGUGACAUUUUUGGCCAUAUGUGUGCAAGAAUUAAUUUCUAUGAAUGUGAAAAUGCGUCCAUAUUGAUUUUUUGUUGUUGUUUUUUUUCCUUUGUGUAACUGUGACUGAACUGUAGAGUAUUACACAAAAGUUCAUAGAUAGGGAAUCAUUAAUCUUGCUAUAUGAAACUGUAAAUUCAAAUUAAGCUCAGUAGCUCUGCACUAAUUUUUUUGCAAUAUCAGACAAGCCCAAAUAGAGUGAUCAUAUUCUUUAAACUGUCAAAUGAAGGAGGUAAGAACGUACCAUUAUUUUCAAAGCGAUCUCAUGAACCCAGUAGCGUUUAAUCCCAAUAAGAGAGUCUUGAUGUUUGAGACAGAUUACAGCACUAGCUUCACCUCCUUCUCGUAGCAUUGUCCAAUCAUUUCACUUUUACAAAGAAUCAUCAGCUCAGUUUCAAAGAGCACAGCAGCUCCUUGCAUAUGGCCAUAUUCUUGAUUUGGGGUUAGGCUUCGUCAAGACACAGUUCUCUUUGAGGGCUUGGAUAAGAAUAAAGGUUGGGUUUAAUGUUUGUCAGUUAGUUUGCCAAUCAAGUUAUUAUUUCUUUUUGUUGUUGUCUCGUCCCUCUUUAAAUGUCACGCUCACACUUUUUUUUUCUUUUUGUUUGAGUCUUCAUACCAGAUAUUUGUAAGAUAUUAUAAAGGAAUCUACUUGGGAUGUUUUUGAAUAAAACAUUUUACUAUAAUGUA